AUGUCCAACUCCCCAACCAACUCGUCCACCUUCACCCUCACAAACGAUGUCGAGAGCCAGAAAAGUGGCCCUUCGAGUAAGAAGGUGCCGCAUUGGCGCCUCGUGGCCAGCCAGACCCUCAUCACAGACGAAGUCUUGAACCAUCGAUACCAGGGCUCGGGAACAGAGGAGGAUCCCUAUAUUGUCGAGUUCAUCCCCUCGGAUCCUCGCAAUCCCAUGGAAUUUCCGGAUUGGAAGAAAUGGGCCCUCACUCUGACUGUCGCUUUUGCAACUCUGGCCGUGGCGUUUGUUUCCACGGCAUACACUGCCAGCGUAGUGCAGCUCAUCCAGGCCUUUGAUUGCAGUCAAGAGGUCGCAACGCUGGGGGUAUCUCUUUUCGUCCUGGGCUUCGCUAUUGGACCGCUUCUCUGGGCGCCGUUGUCAGAGCUGUAUGGCCGUCAAGUCCUCUUCUUCGGCACAUACGCCGUUCUUACCGUAUUCAAUGCGGGCGCAGCUGGAGUGAACACCAUGGCAGGUGUGCUCGUGAUGCGAUUCUUUGCGGGCACUUUCGGCGCUUCUCCUCUCACCAACGCCGGCGGCGUCAUCGCCGACAUAUUUCCCUCCAGUCAACGAGGCCUGGGGAUGAGCAUCUUCGCUGCCGCUCCCUUCCUGGGUCCUUGCAUCGGCCCCAUAGUUGGAGGCUUCAUCUCUGAGACAAUCGGUUGGCGUUGGGUCGAGGGUGUAAUGGCCAUCUUCACGGGUUGCCUUUGGAUCUUCGGCACCUUGGUCAUCCCAGAAACCUAUGCCCCUGUCAUCCUGUCGCGCCGGGCCAAGGCAUUGAGCAAGCGAACGGGUAAGGUCUAUAUCUCGGUUAUCGAGAGACGACAAGGCAAAAUCACGCCUCAGGCCGCCUUCUCCAAGGCCAUCUCGAGGCCCUGGGCGUUGCUCUUCCUUGAACCAAUCGUCCUUCUCAUCUCCAUAUAUAUGGCGAUUCUGUACGGCACGCUGUAUAUGCUCUUCGGUGCUUUCCCCAUUGUCUUUGAAGAGGAACGAGGCUGGUCGCAGGGCAUUGGUGGCCUCGCCUUCUCCGGUGUCGCGGUCGGAAUGAUCUCGGGCACCGCCUACGCCAUCUGGGACAACAAGCGCUAUGCCCGCAUUGAAGCAGAGCAUGGGGGAGAGGCGCCGGCCGAAGCACGUCUUCCUCCUGCCGCUGUGGGAGCCAUCGCCAUCCCCUUGGGCAUGUUUUGGUUUGCAUGGACCAACUACCCUUCGAUCCACUGGAUUGUCUGCAUCAUCGCCUCAGCGCCCUUCGGUUUCGGCAUGGUCAAUGUCUUCCUCGCGUGCAUGAAUUACCUCAUCGACUCAUACACCAUUUACGCCGCGUCAGUGCUGGCGGCCAACUCGGUCCUGCGAUCCCUGUUCGGCGCCGUCUUCCCCCUCUUCACCGUCCAAAUGUAUCACAAUCUCGGCAUCCACUGGGCCAGUUCGAUACCUGCGUUCCUGGCACUCGCCUGCGCCCCGUUUCCGUUCAUCUUCUACAAGUAUGGUGAGAGCAUUCGGAUGAAGUGCAAGUAUUCCGCCCAGGCACAUGAAGUAAUGCAACAGAUCAGAUCGCAGAACAGGCAAGGUCAAGUGCCGGUGGAGGAGGACGAAGACGACCACCAACAAGAACAACAAGAGACUGAGACCGAGAAGGUCAAAGAGAAGACUGAAACUCAGACAUAG